UGUCAAUAUAGUAAUAAAUAUGUCAGUCCAAUAUUUGCCAUGCUUCUUACUGCAUUAAAUAAUUAUUUAUUGCGUAUGAAGAAAACUUAAUAUACAUGAUCGAAAGUUAUUGUUAUAUUUACUGCGAAGUUAUCUGAGUUAUCCAGUUGAAAAAUAUGGGUGAAUUGAGCGUUAACGGCAAUAAUCCUGAAAAGGACCAAGAUGAAAACAUUACUGAUAAGGACUUACCUUUAAGUUUUGUAGAAAGCAGACAUAUAGAACCAAUAGUAGGAAUUGAUUGUAUUACACAUAUGUGGAGAAUGAAAGAAAGGAUGAAAACAGUCAGUGUUGCUUUAGUUCUAUGUUUAAAUGUUGGAGUUGAUCCACCAGAUGUUGUCAAAACACAACCAUGUGCCAGAUUGGAGUGCUGGAUAGACCCGACCACAAUGUCUUCAUCUAAAGCUCUAGAAAAAAUUGGUCAGAGCCUUCAAACGCAAUAUGAGAGAUGGCAGCCAAGGGCAAGAUACAAACAAUCCUUGGAUCCCACAUCUGAUGAAGUGAAAAAAUUAUGUACAUCAUUACGUAGAAAUGCAAAAGAAGAGAGAGUACUCUUCCACUAUAAUGGUCAUGGAGUUCCUAAACCAACGUCAAAUGGAGAGAUAUGGGUGUUUAAUAGGACAUACACGCAAUAUAUUCCAUUGUCAAUAUAUGAUCUACAAACUUGGAUGGGAGCUCCAUCUAUUUACGUAUAUGACUGUUCAAAUGCUGGAAUAAUUGUUGAAUCAUUUAAACAGUUUGCCAGUCAACAUGAAUCUGAAUAUCAACAAAAUGUUAACCAACAGACAAAGCUUGCAAAUAAUCAACCGCCAUCAUUUAAAAAUUGCAUACAACUAGCAGCUUGUAGUUCGGACCAAGUAUUGCCUAUGAAUCCAGAUUUGCCUGCUGACCUGUUCACUGCCUGUCUAACCACGCCCAUUAAAGUUGCCUUAAGGUGGUAUGUUCUACAGCCCACUUCGAAGUUAAUGCCAAAAGUUGACUUGGAAUUAAUCGACAAAAUUCCUGGACAAAUUACCGAUCGAAGAACUAUGUUAGGAGAACUAAAUUGGAUUUUUACUGCAAUAACCGACACCAUUGCUUGGAAUACUUUACCGAGAGACUUAUUUCAAAAACUCUUUCGUCAAGAUCUACUUGUAGCUAGUCUCUUUAGGAAUUUCCUGCUAGCCGAAAGAAUCAUGCGAUCCUGUGAUUGUACUCCUGUUAGCAGUCCCCCAUUGCCACCUACGUUUCAACAUCCUAUGUGGAAUGCGUGGGAUCUAGCCCUGGAUCUAAGUUUGGGACAAUUACCAGGUAUAAUUAAUAAAGAAGAACCAUUUGAACACUUACCAUUUUUUGAAGAACAAUUAACAGCAUUUCAAGUAUGGCUCGAGUUAGGUUCUGAAGAAAGAAAUCCACCCGAACAAUUGCCAAUAGUAUUACAAGUUCUAUUAAGCCAAGUCCAUCGUAUGAGAGCUCUUGAAUUGUUAGGAAAGUUUCUAGAUUUGGGGCCCUGGGCUGUCAAUUUAGCGCUGUCAGUUGGAAUAUUUCCAUACGUUUUGAAAUUACUGCAAAGUUGUGCUAAAGAAUUAAGAACUCUAUUGGUCUUUAUAUGGGCUAAAAUACUAGCUGUUGAUAAUACGUGUCAAUCAGAUCUUGUAAGAGAUAAUGGCCAUAAAUACUUUUUAUCGGUAUUACAAGAUACAUCAAUAUCGGCUGAAUAUAGGACGCAAGCCACAUUUGUAUUAGCAUGUAUAGUGAACAACUUCCAUGAUGGUCAAGAAGCAGCUCUACAAGGAUCGUUAGUUAGUGUCUGUUUAGAACAACUUAAUGAUCCUUCACCUCAGUUACGACAAUGGGUGGCUAUUUGUUUAGGACGAUUAUGGGAUCAUUACGAAAAGGCUAGAUGGACUGGUGUCAGAGAUAUAGCUCACGAAAAGUUGUACAAUCUGUUAAAAGAUUCAGUACCUGAGGUAAGAGCAGCAGCUGUUUAUGCUUUAGGAACCUUCAUCAAUUCCGUAAUGGAACGUUCUGAACAUGCGAACAAUGUCGAUAAUGCCGUAGUAAUGACAUUGGUAAAUACAGUGAGUGGUGAUAUGAGUUUUUUAGUUAGAAAGGAACUAGUCAACGCUCUGCAGUGGGUUGUGUUAGCUUUCGAACCACUUUUUGUUAAUUUAGCUGUGAAAGAACAAACUAGUGUUUCUCCCGGUCAAGAUUGUAUACUGAGUUCGGGAGGAAUGAGAAGAAUGGGAAGCAGAGAUAGACUGAAAAUCGGAGAUUACGACUCCAUGGAAAGGAUGAAACGAGUUUCUUCCAGUUCGGCAAUCAACAACAUAAGUCAUCAAGGAAUGACCACUAGUUACUCAGGAAGCCUUAGUACGUUAUCUAGUCUUAGUUACGGUUCUGUAUAUAUGAAAAUAUGGUCUGCCUUAAGUUCCUUAGAAAAUGAUCCCCAUCCAGAAGUAGCCCAGAUGUGUUGUACAGUUACGGGUCACAUUAGGGCACUUGUAAAGGAACAAUGGGAAACUGUAGAUCGUGUUAAUAGUCUGAAUAGUUCAAGUUUAAGUUUACCUCCUAGUCCAAAUAAAGGAAAUUACUUUUCCGCAGAGAGUCCUCCGACCCUUCAUCCAGCUGGAGAUCUUCAAAAAUUAACAAGGUCGACUAUAGUCAGUAGAACACGCAAAUUGCAUAGAAAUGUGAUUAGUGAAGAAAGCGAAGAUAAAAUGCAAUUCUGUCGAAAACCUCUUGUUAAUACGAAAUUCGUCGAAUGGUCUUCCAAGCGAUUUGCACAAUCCAACAAGAAAGAGAAAAACUUCAGAGACAAAGAGUGCACUUCUUACUAUGAAAGAGAUUGGAGACAUUCGAGAAACGAUAGUAUACGAACAGAAGCCACAGAAGAACAUCGCAAGGCGCUAGCUUCAAGAAUUGAAUCACAAGUAUUUCAUAUACGGACUGCAGUUCCUCCUAGUCUAUUGCAAUUACAUCCUUUUGAUCAACAAAUCGCCGUAGCCGGAAAUGACAGCUUUGCCAUAUUUGACUGGGGUACUGGAGCGAAAACUACAUCUGGUCAAAACAGGUCAUCCAAAGUAGUAAAUAGUAAAAUCACAUCGAUGGAGUGGAUUAACAGUCACGAUAUAGGUAUGCUUAUGGUAGCUUCUGAUGAUGGUGGUAUCAAAUUGUGGAAACCCAACACUGGGACUAGUCGCGAGCCUUCACUCAUUACUGCUUGGCAGGCGUUUAAUGAAUUAAAACCGAAGUAUUCGGGUAUAGAAAUGACAUGGGAGCAAUGGACCCAAACUCUAAUAACUGCAGGAGACUCACGGAUUAUUAGAUUUUGGGAUGCAGAAAGGGAGUUAAAAGCUUUUGACAUACCUACAGGAACCGACAGUUCUGUUACGUGUAUAGACUCGACGUUUUCAAGUAUAUGUCACGAGAAUUACAAAAAGCACUACAAUGGCUUCGAACUAAACGAUGAUGGUUUAUUGCUAAAUGGCGCUAAAUCGUACCAUGGGCCGAAGUUGGGAUUGUGCGUGAUAGGUUUUGUAGAUGGUUCGAUAAGACUGUUUGAUCGUCGGUGUAAUCCCAACGAUGCAAGAGUAAAGGUGUGGUUGGAACAUCCUGGAAGUGUCCUAACUGUGCAGCUUAGAGAAAAUAUUGUGAUUAGUGGAAGUACUUCUGGUGAUGUAAGAAUAUUUGAUAUUAGAAAAAAUGACUCGAUACACACUACUCAAGCAGUUCCCAGUUAUGGAAUGUCAUGUAUGUCGAUUCAUCGAUUUGCUAACACAUAUGCCUGCGGUUCUAUGAACCAAUUCAUCAGCAUCUAUACCCUUAAAGGUACGCCCCUUAACACUAUCAGGGUCUACGAGGGAUUUAUGAGCCACAAGAUUGGACCUGUGACGUGCCUCAACUACCACCCCCACAAAGUAGCUCUAGCAACUGGCACCUCUGACUGUUGCGUCAAUGUUUAUAGCCUUGAAGGCAGAAGGUGACGAGAUUCUCAGCCCUAGGCCUUGUUAUGGGGCCUUCUGGGCCAUUAUUAAAUAUUAGGCCGAGAUUUUUCAGUUCUGCGCGUUUCUUUAGUUCAGAGAUUGUUAGCUAACGGUCGUUUUUUGUGACUGAUUAAAAACAGGUUAUUGGUAAAAGUGCUUGAAAUAGACAGGGUAUUAGCUAGAGCUUAUGUGUACCGGGAUGGAUCACAAAAUGUGCAGGUAUUUUCAGUUCAGUUAUAUGUUCUGAAAAUGAAUCGCCCAAUAUGUUGGGUGAUUAAUACGUUUUUGUAAAUUAUUUUAUUAAAAGAAUUUGUGUUUCUUUGUUGAUUUUAACACCGGAUUUAUUUAUUUAAACAUAGGUUUAAAAUUGUACAUAAUUUUAAACAUUAAUGUAAUUUUAAUUAUCAAACUUGUAAGAUUUAUUAUAAAUUACUCUUUAAAAAAGCAUACAAAUAGCAUUACUAGAUAAGCUCUCGGAUUUUAGAAAAGUAGAGCCAAAAACGACAAAAUUCCAUAUCUGUAUGGUUAAGCCAGAGGGCAAAAUUAUAAGCCUAUAUUAAAAGGAUUGCAUUAUAAAAGGAUAUAGCUUGAGGC